UGCUUCCCAGUUACUCCCCUUCCAGAACUCAGUGCCUCUACCCCGCGGGGGCCUGUGCCCCUGGCCAAGGAUGGGCUGUGUGGGGGCUGGACUUGAGGAGGUGUGACGGGGUCAGGGAGGUGACCCGAGCAGACACCAGGACUGCGAAGCGGCCUUUCUCGGAGCCGCCUCUGCGGGCCCUGGCUGGCGAGGAGGGGAGAGGGGCACGCCCUAAUCCCGGGCCACCCCUCCUGCCUUGCUAUAUUUAGGCGGGGGAGGGGGGGUCUGGGAUGACCCCCGGUGGGUGUCACCUUUCCUUCUGAAAAUAGCCCAGGGGGAGGGGAGUCCCAGGGAGGGGGGAGGGGCACUGCAGCCCCGGGCUCAUCCCUUUCUUCUGGGGCUCUGCCACUGUCAUGGGGCAGCCGCCCGCUCCCUGGUCUCCGUCCCUGUUCCCUCCUGUCCUUCCGAGUAUCCCCACGCACUCUCACUCCGAGCAGGGCUAUGCAUUCCCAAGACAUGGCUUUGUUUGAACUCUGGCUUUCUCUGAGCUCAGGACGGGAGACCCUCUUCCCAGUCCCCACCCAGGAAAUUGGAGAGACGAGAGCCCUCCACGUCCACUGUCUCCCCCCACCCCACCCCGGGGCCGGGGCCUUAUCGCUGCCCAAGCCCAGCUGGUUAAUGUCUGGCGAGGAGCUCCUGGGAACGUGGGGACAGAGCAGAGGGUGGGAAUCUGCCCCAGGAUUGACACUGAAUUGGCAAAAGACCGCAAAUGAAUCUCAGGCCUGCAGUCCUUGGAGCUAAUGGAGGAGGGGCUGGGGUCUGGACUCCUGGGGCUGAGGGAGGAAGGAUUGGGGGUCCAGACUCCAGAGUCUGCGGGGAGAGGGGGUUCAGGGGCUGGACUCCAGGGUCUGAGGGAGGAGGGCCUGGGGGUCCGGACUCCCGGGUCCGAGCGGGGAGGGGCCAGGGGCCGGGACUCCUGGGACUGCGGCGGCCCGGCUGAGGGAGCCGGCCCGGCUUCCGAGGUCCCGGCACGCGCGUGCAAGGCGGGAUUCCCCCGGCCCCUCCUACGCCGUCGGGCGCCGCCCCGCCCCCGGCCGGGCCCCGCCGAGCGCGAGCCGCCAGCAGCCGGGCCAGCGCGCGUCCCUGCAGCCCAGCGAGCGGGAGGAGGAGCCGCCGCCGCGCCAGGGGCAGCCCGAGGAGCCGGAGAGGGCGCCCCAGGGGUUGCCCCCUCCCUCUGCUGAGAUGUCAGGAAGGAAGGGGCCAGCUGUGUCCUCCACAGGGGCCCCCUGGAGCCUGGGGGCCCCCGGCCCGGGAGCUCGGAGGUGGAGCACGUGCUGACAGGGAGGCUGAGGCGCCCCCGCCCCCAGGAGGGAAGUUAGCGGCAGUGUGGGACUGAACUCGGGUCUCUCCGGGACUCUGGACGGCGGCCUGUCCUCCACGCUGCGGGCCUCAGGUGCUCCGAGAGAUGCUCCCCCACCUCGCGUGCUCCCUCCCUGUCCUCCUCCUCCUCUUCCUCCUCCCCAGUGUCCCAGUGGAGCCCCAUCCCCCGCCCUCGACGCUGCCCCCGUUUCUGGCCCCUGAGUGGGACCUCCUGUCCCCCCGGGUAGCCCUGUCCAGGGGCACGCCCUCGGGGCCCCCUCUGCUCUUCCUGCUGGAGGCCGGGGCUUUCGGAGAGCCGGCCAGCGCCCCGGCCAACCGCAGUCGGCGUGGGGUGAGCGAGACGGCACCAGCGAGUCGCCGGGGGGAGCUGGCCGUGUGCGACGCGGUCAGCGGCUGGGUGACCGACCGCCGGACGGCCGUGGACUUGCGCGGGCGCGAGGUGGAGGUGCUGGGCGAGGUGCCUGCGGCGGGCGGCAGUCCCCUGCGCCAGUACUUCUUCGAGACCCGCUGCAAAGCUGAGGGCGCCGGGGAAGGCGGGGGCUGCCGAGGUGUGGACCGGAGGCACUGGGUGUCCGAGUGCAAGGCCAAACAGUCGUACGUGCGGGCACUGACCGCUGAUGCCCAGGGCCGCGUGGGCUGGCGAUGGAUCCGAAUCGACACUGCCUGUGUCUGUACCCUGCUCAGCCGGGGUGGCCGGGCCUGAGGCCGGAGCCCAGGAACCGGCCAGGCGGAGGAGAGAGCGAAGAGAACUGGAUCUGUGCGGAGGGACCUCGGGGGCGGCCUGGCUUGCUCAAGGGCCUGCGUUUGGGAACUUGCCGGAAUGGCGGCAAAAUCACAGCUGUGGGAGGAGUGAUGACACCACACGGAGUCCCGAGGAUGGGUUCGGGUCCUCCUGGAGGGACGGAGGGGAUUCACAGUGAAAGCAGCCAAUGCCCACCGAGCCAAUGCCCUCGCAUCAGCUGUUGAGGAUCCCACCGGCAGAGACCCUCGGUUCUAAGUUGCGGUCUCAGAGGACACUGGGUUGCCCACCUGGGAAGGAGGGACAAGUGGAUGGGGGAGGGGAGAGCCCGGGACACAGGGGCCAGCACCUGGAGGGCAUGGCACCUCAGUACCUGGGGGCGGGGAUUCAGACGAGAAACUGUGCUCCGUGCGAGGGGGCAGUUGUCAGUUUUGAGGUAGUGAGCCUCCCAUCACAGGGCCUGGGCAAGGCCAGGCUGCUGGGGAGGUCACCCCUGCGCAGAGGGCUGGAGUCAGGUUUCUGCCCCCAUUCCCUGUCCCAACCUUCACCCCGCACUGGGGAAGAAACACUAUACACACUUGA